GAGAGAGCUCUUCGCCCCGCAUACCACCUAGAAGAUAGGUGCUUGGUGAACGUCUUUACAUCGCUGACGAGAUCUGGAGUUUGCGCGUUUCCGGUUCAACGGUGGCCGUCGUUGUGCACGUGGAGGAAAAAAACGCGGAGAGGGGAUGCGAUUCGUCCGCUCAGGGCAGAGCGAUGAGAGUCAUCGGGGAUGUGCAUGUGCGGAGGCCUCGCGGAGGACAACGCAAGGUUCGUCCUGCUAGCCGGCGUCCUGGCCGCCUACAUGCUCGCCGGUGCCGCUCUUUUUCAACGGCUGGAAGCUGACCUCGAAGUUCGACAGGCUGCUGAAUUUUGGCGCGUCUAUCACAACUUUCGAAAACAACACCUUCAGCCAGGGUCUGAAGCCGUUCACCGGUUACACGAACUUCUAUCCGCCUACGGAAACGCUUCGUCAGCCGGCAUUAUCAACAAACGGCGACGCUGGGACUUUCCGGGAAGUUUUCACUUCGUUGGAACCAUCGUCUCGACGAUCGGAUACGGCAGCACCGCCCCUCAGACGACCGCUGGACGCGUCGCCGUUGUUCUCUACGGAUUCUUGGGCUGUUCCGGUGGUAUCCUGUUCUUCAACCUCUUCCUGGAGAGGAUAAUCACCUUCCUGGCCUGGGUGCUGCGCAGCAUCCACUUGCGACGGCUGAAGAAACGUCUGCGAAAAACUACGCUCGCCUCGAGACGAAUUUCGCGAGGCUCGACCCGGGCGAGAGCUUCGCUUCCCGACAUCCUGGACGACGACGACGACGACGUGGGUCUGGAGCACUGGAAGCCGAGCGUCUACUGGGUGAUGCUGUACUUGUCGCUGGCCUCGUGCGGGAUUGCUUGUUGCGCAGCGGCGGUGUACGCGCCUCUGGAAGGCUGGAGUUACUUCGAGGCUUUGUACUUCUGCUUCGUGAGCUUCGCGACCAUCGGCUUCGGCGAUUUCGUGACGACCCAGCAGCCGAACUAUCCAUUGGUGCACUGGUACCGGCUGGCGAACUUCUUCUUCCUGGUGACAGGGUGCUGCUGCAUUUACUCGCUGCUCAACGUCACCUCGAUCGUGAUAAAACAGGGGCUUAACUGGGUGAUAGAGAGGCUGCGAUGCGACGGGGGCGGAAUGGCCGCACCCCGUCUUCCCAGGAGGCGAUCUUCCGUCUCUGCCGUCUACUGCGCCCGACGAAGGCCGACGAAAAUCGGCGCCAGGGACUCGAUGCACAGCUCGGUCGGGGAACCUGACUCUUCGGAGACCCCCAGACGGUUGUCCGGCGAGCUGAUUUCCAUGAAGGAUUUUUUCUCAGCGAACAAAGUGUCCCUCGCCGUGAUGCAGAAAACGCUUUACGAAACCGCCCAGAUGCAGAGGGGCGGUGGAACUCCCUCGAAUUCGACGACCCCUCAUCACCAGCCGGCCUUCAAACCCGGCGCCGUCGGCCCUCUCGCUAUUGCGAGCGAAAAGUUUUGAGCUGACUUCCCGGGGACUUGAUGCACAGACUCUAAAAAGUGACCGGCCUUAAAGAGCCUUAUAGCCAAGACUGAUCCAAAGGGAUACAUGCGAGAUUAGGGUGGUCCUUAUUCAGGAUGUCGACCAGUUUUUUCCUUACCGCCUCCCAAACCGACUUUAAAUGAUUUAAAAACAACUCUCUAAAUUUUUCAUAUUUAUAUCUCUACUCCUUAUGCUGUCCCACGAGGGUUUUGUUCCGCCGUAAGAAUAACACGGGAUUUUAUCGUCACUUUACACUUUAUUUUUUCUUUCCGGAAAUUUUCAUGGGAAAUAGUUAGAUCAAACGGGGAUUUGUCAAGUACAAUUAGCUCUUUUCGAAGAUAUUUUUUCUUUCUGAAAUUUGCUGGAAAUAAUUGAGCGAUCAAGCAAUCAGAAAGGAAAAAAUAUCCUCUAAAAGAGUUGACUAUACCCGCGAUAUUAUAAAUCCCCGUUUGAUUCAGACUUUUCUCGCCAAAAUUGCCCUAGUGAAAAGAACAAAGUGUCGAGUGGUCAUAAAAUUCCAUGUUAUUCUUAUGGCGAGAAAAUCCUACUGGGACGAUACAAAGAAUUGAAAUAAAUUGCUUUUGAAUCAUUUAGAAUCGAUUUGGGGGAUGGCAUGGAAAAAGUUCGCCAACACCCUAAAUAAGGACCACCCCAAUGCGACAUACUUCUGCAGGGUUUAGAUAUUAAUUCUCCACUCCUAUGAUUUACAUUCAAACAAGUGAUUUCAGAUCUUCAUGCUACGGUUUUGAAAAUCAGAUCGAAAAAUCUGCUAAAGAUCUGUUACAGGCACUGCAUUGGAGAAAAUCAGCAGUAAAAAAAUUACCCACCGCACAGUAUUUAUGGUAUUAUAUAAGUUGCAAGCGUGACACUCACCCAGCUGGCUAUAGUCACAAAAGUAAAAUGACCGGUGCCAAAAAUUAGAAUCUCUUAGGUACAGGUCCCAUAUAACUGCAGAAAUUGCCGAUGUAGCAAUGAUACAAAUCAACUCGAUCGUAAGUUAUUUUGCAUGUAAGGAAGUAACAACUCUCUACUGCAAUUUCCAAUUUAUAACUAUAAAAUAUUUUUAAGUAAUGUAUUAUAGUACUGACAAAGAAUAUUAUACGUUUCUUCCCAAAGUGUAUGAAAAUCCCGACUAUAUUAUAAAGUAAAUCUCGUGUAGAACGGUAUCAUAAUAAAGUUCGGUUAGAUAUGA